UAGUGAUGUCGGCUAUUAGGACAGAAAUGGCGGAGAAUAAGAGCGCCAAAGCCCAGUUUUGUGUUGUCGUGUGAAAUUAUGAAAAAGCACCCAACCAAACCACACCCCACCAUCAGUUACCAGUUAGGUCGAUUUCGGUUGAAAAGUCAAAUCUCUUUUUCAACAUUUCUGUUCAUUUUUCCCUUUCGCUCUCCUCUUCAAUCUUAUCCUGCCUUAUACAGACGCCAAAGAAACUGACAAAUUCAAUUUUCUACCUUCCCCAAUGGAGGUGAAGCGCAGAACUGCUCGCUCUUUAGUGUCCAAACUCAGCUCCGUCUCCGAGAUAACCCGCUCCGAAGCCUUAGCCGAGCUGCGUCUCAUCACCAAACACGAUGCUGAUAGCCGCCCCAUUAUCGCUGACGCUGGUGCUAUUCCCUACUUGGCUGAGACUCUCUAUUCUUCCUCCCAUGAUUCGCAAGAGAACGCCGCUGCUACCCUCCUUAACCUCUCAAUCUCCUCCCGCGACUCUCUCAUGUCUACUCGCGGCCUCUUUGACGCGAUUUCUCACGCGCUCCGCCACCAUAAUACCACCACUUCCGCUCUUGCUGUUCAAUCCUGUGCCGCUACUUUGCACAGCCUCUUGAUCGUUGAUUCUUACCGGCCUAUCAUCGGAUCCAAACGCGAUGUCAUUUAUUCCCUGAUAGAGAUAAUGAAAACGGUCAAGUCUCCGCCGCGGUCGAUCAAAGAUGCGUUGAAAGCUUUGUUUGGAAUUGCUUUGUAUCCGUUGAACAGAUCCACACUGAUUGAUCUUGGGGCGAUUCCCCCGUUGUUUUCAUUAGUUUUGAAAGACGGGAGAGUAGGGAUAGUAGAGGAUGCGACGGCGGUGAUAGCGCAAAUUGCGGGGUGGGAGGAGAGCUAUGUUGAAUUCGUGAAAUUUUCAGGGGUGAGGAUUUUGGUGGACUUGUUGGAUGUGGGGACGGGUUCUAGUGGGAGAAUAAAGGAGAACGCAGUGUCGGCAUUGUUGAAUUUGGUGAGGUGUGGAGGUGAAAGAGUGGGGGAGGAGGUGAGAGAUAUGGCUGGGGCAGUGGUGGAGGGGAUUAAGGAAGUGGUGGAGAAUGGAAGCGCCAAAGGAAAGAGUAAAGCUAUUGCACUGUUGAAGGUGAUUGAGAGCGAAACAAGCAAUAGGAGUGCUCAGUUUGAUUCUUUACUCAAUCAAUCUUCAUAAUUUGCUGGCUUGUGGAUAGCAUUCGGUUAGUUAGUUCCCUGUCCUAUAUGAAAAAAAAUUGAUUUCUUUUAAGCUUGUAGAUUACAUUUGUAUAAAUUAACUGAUGAAUUUGUAUUGCUAAUAGCAUAGAAAGGGAAACGAGAAGUUCGGAUUGGUGAUGAAUGAUUAAUAACGUUGAUGUGAUUGUCAAA